CCUAAUUGGCUAUGUUUUUUCUUUUUCGUUUCUCUUGCUUUCAUGAGAAACUAAGCGUCGGGCAUCACUCACCUUCCUCCAUUAUUGCCAUCUUGCUCUUCAACUUCUCCUCUCUCUCCAACUUAACUUUAUAAACGGAUGGCGAGAUUGAUUUAAUUUUAAGUUGUUUGCCUAAGCUACUUUGAUCGAGAAAUUGGCUUGGAUCAUAAUUGGUGAAGAGCGAGAAGGAAGUUAGAUCAACGUAAUGCCGUCGAGGAUGAAGAUCGAGUCAAUCAAUAUCAAUUCACAUGUACACAACCGGCUGCGCCAUGCUGACUUUUGACCGGCAAAGGUGCCUCUUUGACUGCCGAAAGCUCUAUCGAGUUAGAUCUUCUCUCUAUUUCUCUGCCUGAAAAACUCAAUCAGAGAGAGUUUGGUUCAGUACCGUAGUUUCUUUGUUCGUUUAGUUUAUUGGUUUUAUAUGGAUGUCAUUUAUGGUUUCUCCCUCAUGGCACACGAACUGGCUCGAGGAAAUAUCAAAUAUAGAACUCAACCACAGAUCAGCUACAAAGCCAUCUACCAAAAGUCCCUUCUCCUUACAUCUGUCUUCCUCUAAUAAGCAUUGCCAAGAUCUCUCAAAUGCGGCUGGCGGGGAAAUGAUUUCUAACUCCAUGGGACCAUGUAGUGACUCUUGCUCCGUUUGUUUGGAAACAAAAUGGAACCUAGCUGCUGAUGGAUGUGGUCAUGAGUUCUGCACAAAAUGUGCGUUAUACCUAAGCACCACAAAUAUACCACAAGUUGUUCCUAAAAAUAACUCGAAUAAACAGUCAAUGGAAACUCCUUCAGAAGCUUUUGUGGCUUCUACUCUAUACGAAGUUGAAGAGGAUAGAGUUGGUGUACCUCUUUUGAGUGGGCUCUAUGAGGUUCUUGGGAAGCUUGGCUUAAGGUUGAUCCCUCUCUGCUCCCCACUCCUACGACUUUUACAAUGUUUGAUUAUUGUUGCAAGCAAAAACAAUGUAUAUGCUUAUUAUAUAUAUGUUCUCGAAAUUGUUACUCCUAAUGCUAAAAUAGUAAAAUCAAAUAUUUAUAUGAUUAUGGUCGCAAGAUGACAGCUGUUUAUCACCUUUUCUGAGUUAAGAAAAUACAAAAGAUUGAUUAUUAAUAAUUUGGUAUCCGAAA